AUGUCUGACUCACUUUUUUAUUCAUUAUUAACAAAAGAUCCUCUUGAUAAUUAUGAGGAUUCUGAAAAGUACACCAAGUACUGGUUACCCAAGGUUGAACAAUACCGGCUUAACUUGGCCAAUUCUACACCACAAAAAUUGUUGAUUGAAUUACCACAAUCAUUGGAUAUUUUAACCAACAAUCAAUUCAAUGCCGUCGAUUAUUUAUAUUCACAAAAGUUGCUAUCGGAGAAGGAAUUUGAGAUAACCGAUACUCCGGGUACGUUACUUGUGAAAAAAAUGGCAUCCAAAGAGUAUACUGCUGUUGAAGUAUUUAAAGCAUUUGCCAAGAGAGCAAUCAUUGCCCACCAAUUCACCAAUUGUGCUGUAGAUAUUUUCAUUGAAGAAGGACUAAAACAAGCCCAGGAAAGAGAUGAAUAUUUACAAAAAAAUGAUAAACUAGUUGGGCCUUUACAUGGUAUUCCCAUUACACUUAAAGAACAUAUUUGUAUAAGAGGUAAAAUUGCUCAUGGUGGAUACGUUGCCAUGAUUGAUAAUAUACCAAAAAAAGAUGCUAUCACUACUCAAAUAUUAUCUCAGUUAGGAGCAGUAUUCUACAUGCGUACCAAUGAACCACAAGCGCUUUUACAUUUGGAUUCGGGGAAUAAUAUAACUGGAUUUACUAAAAACCCAUAUAAUUUAUUAUUAUCAAGUGGAGGAUCUUCCUCUGGCGAAGGAGCAGUUGUUUCAUUUGGUGGCAGUGUUUUGGGAGUUGGUAGUGAUAUUGGCGGAUCAAUUAGAUCUCCAGCAGCAUUUUCUGGUUGUCAUGGAUUACGUCCAAGCACAAGAAGAAUCUCUGCUAGAGGAAUAGCUGGUGGGGCAGAUGGUCAAGAGUCAGUACCAAGUGUAAUAGGACCACUUGCUAGAAGUAUUGAUGAUUUGGAACUAUGGAUGAAAAGUUAUAUAAAUGAUGGAAAACCCUGGAAUUUUGAUCCGUGGUGUUUACCAAUUCCUUGGCGUGAUAUGAGCCCACCAAAAAUCAAUCAAUUGACUAUUGCUGUUGUUAGAGAUGAUGGUGUAGUUAGGGUAUCCCCACCAAUUAGACGAGCAUUGGAUAUUGUUGUUGAAAAAUUGCAAAAUGAAGGUGCCAAAAUCAUUGAAUUAACGACAACAACACAUCCAUUAACGAAUUCUAAAUUAGCUUAUGAUUGUGCUACUAAGUUAUCAAAUGCUGAUGGGAAUCAUCUGAUGUGUCAAUUAUUUUCUCAAUCAGGGGAACCAUUAAAAAAGUUGACGAAAUGGUAUUUGAAUCUUGGUGAUGGAGCCAAACAUUAUACUGUAGCUGAGAAUCGAGAAUUGAAUAGAUUAAGAGAUACAUUAAGAGAAGAAUAUAGUGAUUUUAUGGUGGAAAACAAAGUUGAUGUGAUUCUUGGACCUGCUUAUAAUAAUGUUGCUCCACAUAGAGAAAAAGUUUAUAAUGAAUCUUAUACUUUGAUUUAUAAUUUAUUAGAUUUCCCAGCAUUGGUUUUCCAAACAGGAUUAUUUCAAGAUCCUGAAAUUGAUCGUUGGAAUGAAUCUGAUUUACAAUAUGAAUAUAGAAGUGGAAUGGAAGAAUUGGAAAAUGAUAGUUAUAAACCUGAUGAAUGUUGUGGUGCCCCAAUUGCUUUACAAAUAGCUGGUCGGAGGUAUUUUGACGAAGAAGUGGUUGCUGCUGGUAAAUCAAUUGUUGAAUUCUUAGGUGUUGAUUUAUUGAAAAGGUAA